GGAGACUUCACGCUGGACACAGGCCUUAUGAGUGUGGUGACGGUUCAAAAUCCUUUAGCCAAAGCUCUAGCUUCAUGCAACACAAGAGAAUUCACACUGGAGAAAAGCCAUAUGAGUGUGGAGAUUGUGGGAUGUCCUUCAGCCAUAGGUCUAAGCUCAUUGAACACCACAAAGGUCACACUGGUGAAAAGCCUUAUGAGUGUCGUGUAUGUGGGAAGUUAUUUAGACGCAAAGAUUACCUCCUUAACCAUGAGAGAGUCCACACGGGAGAAAAGCCGUUUGAAUGUGGUGAUUGUGGGAGAUGCUUUAGCUAUCAAAAGGGACUCGUUCAACACCAGAGAGUUCACACUGGGGAAAAGCCAUAUGAGUGUAGUUACUGUGGAAAGACCUUCAGCCAGAGCUCAACACUCGUUGAGCACCAGCGAGGUCACACUGGGGAAAAGCCUUAUGAGUGUCGUGUUUGUGGGAAGUCCUUCAGCAGAAGGUCUGCUCUCAGCCGACAUCAGAUAAUUCACACCGGAGAAAAGCUGUAUGAAUGUAACGAUUGUGGGAAAUGCUUUACCUAUAACAGUGGACUCCUUCAACAUCAGAAAAUUCAUACUGGAGAAAAGCCAUAUAAGUGUAGUGAUUGUGGGAUGUCUUUCAGCCGUAGGUCUAAGCUCAUUUCACACCACAGGGUUCACACUGGGGAAAGGCCUUAUGAGUGUAGUGAAUGUGGGAAGUGUUUUACACGCAAAGCUAACCUCCGUAUUCACCAGAGAGUUCACACUGGAGAAAAGCCUUAUAAGUGCAGCGAAUGUGGGAAAACCUUUGGACAAAGCUGUAACCUCUUCGAACAUAUGAAAGUUCACACUGGAGAAAAGCCAUAUGUGUGUACUGACUGUGGGAAGUCCUUCAGCCGUAGUUCUACCCUCAGUGAGCACCGGCGAUGUCACACGGGAGAAAAGCCUUUUGAGUGCAGUGUUUGUGGGAAAGUCUUUAGACUACGCAGCAGUCUUAGUUACCACCGUCACGUUCAUUCUGGAAAAAAAGCCUUAUGAGUGGUGAAUGUGGGAAUUCCUAUAGCAAUACUUCUGGCAUCAUUCAUCACCAGAGAGUUCACACUGGAGAGAAAUCAUGAAUGUAGUGAUUGUGGAAAAUGCUUCGAUUAUAAACAGACUCAUUCAAUAUCAAAGGACUCUGAAGAAAAGUCAUGU